AGUGCGAUUUCGUCAAAAUAAAAAUUUUCAGUGACGGUAAAUUGCGCAAUGCCUGUCAUUUAAAGUAGAUUAACAUUUUACAUACAGUAUCAUCUAAUGAAGUCAGAAUAAGGCUUAUUUACGCUACAGUUUUAUAUUUUAAACUCUAAUGAUGUAUUUUUUUGGUAUGGAGUAUAAUAUAAUUGGUUAACAUAAUUGUAUGGAGUAAACAUAAUUGUUUUUUUCGUUUUCAUUUCGUUUAUUUCCUUGUCGCUCUUCAUUUAACAUAAUGAAGUAUUUCUACAUGUUCUGCCCAUGUGGAAUUUUCGGAAAAUUUAAUUCUCUUUUAACUUGAUGAUACUAGUUUUAUUUUACGAUAUCGAAUAUGGAAGGGAGUAUAACUGUAGAAUUUUGUACAGGAGAAAAACCUCUUAUUCUUAAUUCAGCAAAAUCUUAUAUCGUAGAAAAGGUAGUAAUUGCAGCAUGUAAACACAUAGGAAUUGGACCUUUACCAAGGCACUUAUUUGGUUUGUGGAGUCCAUCAGAAUUGUUAUGGUUUCCUCCUAGUAAGAAACUGGAACUGUGCAAUGGGAAAAAAUGGUAUCUUUUAUUACGAUUGCGCUUCAGGCCACCCAACAUAAAGCGUCUGAUAGAAAAGACAGAUGCUAAGACAUUUGGAUAUUAUUUUCAUCAAGUGCGCAAUGAUUUUUUAGAAGGAAAAAUUCCGGAACUUUUUACUAGGCAAUUAAGAGAAUCUGCAUUAGGACUCGUUGCUACAGAUAUUAUUCGCUUAAUGCUGGAGUUGAAACUGAGUCCUGACACAAUGAAGUAUAAUAGUCGAGAUUUUCUUCCACAGGAAUUAAAGAGAAGUCCUCUAUGGGAUAACUUUCUUCGCGAUCCUCUUCAAAAAGCUGUUAGUCGAGGGUGGAAAAAUAGCAGACAGAAUCCAGAAUUUGUAAAAGAGAAAUAUUUGCAACAACUGACUGAUCUGGUUCCAGAUUAUGGAUCUGAAGUGUAUCCUGUUUUAAUUGAUGAUGGCGGAAAAGUAUAUGAAGUUACUUUGGCUGUUAGUCCAUAUCAUUCCAUUUAUCCUGGUCUUCGGAUGAGAUUUCAGAGAAGCAAAGAUACUUGGACUCAUAUUUGCUCUAUCGAAGAUUUAUGCUACAUUAGCAUGAGGAAUGAUGAGACUGUCGAAAUAAGUCGUCAGAAUGGAGUCCCCCAAUAUUUGCAAUUCAAUGGGAAACCACAGAUGUAUUCUUUUGUGUCUCUACUUGAUGGAUAUUACCGUUUAACUGAAAAAUGGACAUUUAACUUAUGUAAAGAUUUGACUACUCCUUCAUUGAUUGAGCUACGUGCUAUGAAAUGCCAUGGACCUGUUGGUCCAGAAUUUGCUCAUCAGAAGCUUGAAGAAAAAUGUAAUUUUGAAGCAGGAUGUUAUAUCCUUCGUGAAAGUGAAUUUAAGUAUGAUGAAUAUUAUGUAGAUCUAUGUGUAAAUAUUAAUUCAACACACCCCGAAAAAGUGUAUACUUUCAAGAUAUACAAAGAUGAAAAUUACUUUUAUACUCUUCACGGAUGGAGGGCCAGUUUUCCAUCUAUAGCUCAGUUACUGUCUUAUCAUUCCAAAGAAAACCAUUUGAAAUUUACUAGAUGUAUUCCUCCAUCUGAGUAUGAUAAGACUGACCUCUUGCUAUGUCGAAAAGAAAGUCAUGGUAAUCAUAAUCUUGUAACUAGAGGGGAUUGUAGUUGCACUGCUCAGUGUAUUCCACAUGAUGCAAUAGUGUUUUCAAAAAAUGUUGCGGAAUUGUAUGGACAGCUAACAGUAGUUUCCCAUGGUCACCUAAGGCGUUCAUGUUCAGAUUCACGUUCAGUUGCAGUGAAAAUGCUCCGUAAAGAAACUAAAGUUACCCAUUUGCAG